CGGGGCGGGCGCGGUGAGGGGCGGCGGGCGCUGCCGCCAUGGAGCACAUCAGCACCCCCAAGGUUGAAAAUGUGAAGUUACUGGAUCGUUACACAAAUAGGAAGGCAGCAAAUGGGACGUUGUACCUGACAGCCACCCACCUGAUCUAUGUAGAUGCUUCUGCUGAAGUCAGAAAAGAAACAUGGAUUCUGCACCACCAUAUUGCAACUGUAGAAAAAUUGCCCUUGACCACGGCUGGAUAUCCACUCCUCAUUCACUGCAAGAACUUCCACAUGGCUCACUUUGUUAUUGGGCAGGAACGUGACUGUCAAGAAGUGUAUACCUCCUUGCUUAAGCUUUCACAACCAGUGAAACCCGAAGAACUUUAUGCUUUUUCUUACAAUCCUAAGAUGUCUAAGGAGAAGCGGGAGAUCGGAUGGAAGCUGAUUGAUUUAAAGCUAGAUUACCAGCGAAUGGGAAUUCCAAAUGACUACUGGGAAAUAACAGAUGUUAAUAAAGACUACGAGGUUUGCAACACAUACCCUCCAGAGAUAGUGGUGCCUAGAGCUGCUAACAAGGCAGUGGUGAUCGGAAGCUCAAGGUUCAGAAGCAGAGGAAGGAUUCCGGUGCUUUCUUACUUAUAUAAAGAAAACAAUGCCGCCAUAUGCCGCUGCAGCCAGCCCCUCUCCGGCUUCAGCGCGCGCUGCCUGGAGGAUGAGCAGAUGCUGCAGGCCAUCAGAGAGGCCAACCCUGGGAGCCCCUUCAUGUAUGUUGUAGACACAAGGCCAAAGUUAAAUGCCAUGGCCAACCGGGCUGCUGGGAAGGGUUAUGAGAAUGAAGACAACUACGAUAACAUCCGCUUCAAGUUUAUUGGCAUAGAAAACAUCCACGUGAUGAGGAACAGCUUGCAGAAACUCCUGGAAGUGUGUGAAAUGAAGUCCCCCUCAAUGAGCGAUUUCCUCACUGGGCUGGAGAACUCGGGUUGGUUACGGCACAUUAAGGCCGUGAUGGAUGCAGGUGUCUUUCUUGCCAAGGCUGUGAGGGAUGAAAAGGCCAGUGUGUUGGUGCACUGCUCGGACGGGUGGGACCGCACAGCCCAGGUCUGCUCCCUGGCCUCUCUCCUCCUAGACCCUUUUUAUAGGACUCUGAAAGGCUUCAUGGUUCUCAUAGAGAAGGAGUGGAUUGCCAUGGGCCACAAGUUCUCACACAGGUGUGGCCAUUUGAAUGGUGACCCCAAAGAAGUAUCCCCUGUUUUCACUCAGUUUGUUGAAUGUGUCUGGCAGCUCAUGCAGCAGUUCCCGUGCUCCUUUGAGUUCAAUGAACGUUUCCUUCUGGAAAUCCAUGACCAUGUCUAUUCCUGCCAGUUUGGGAACUUCCUUGGGACCUGUCAUAAGGAGCGUGAGGAUCUGAAAAUCUUUGAGAAGACCCAUUCUCUGUGGCCUUUCCUCUUACAGAAGAAGCAGGAAUUGAGAAAUCCUUUGUACAGAGGAUUUACAGCUUACAAAGAGCUUCAACCAAACACACUACCUUUCAGCUUCCAGUUUUGGUGUGGGAUGUACAACCGCUUUGAGAAGGGGAUGCACCCAAAGCAGUGUGUGCUGGACCAUCUGCUCAGCUGCCUCAGCCAAAAGAUGAAGCUGGAGGAUGAUGCAUCUCAGCUGGAAAAUAAACUCCCUUUCCUUGAUGGUCCUUUGCCCAGCGACACUUGCUCCGUAUCUAAAGUAGGAAGUGCUGCUUCAAAACCACCCAUACUCAACACUCCUCAGGAUUACACAGGGGAAACCCCUCCUGUGUUGAGCAAUGGUGCCUCAGCAGGGGACAGCAAUGUUAUAUCAGACCUGGACCAAAAGCACAAGGAGAACCUGUCCCACCACCACCACCUCCAUGAGCUUAGUGACACUCUUGGCAUUUUGGACUCUGAAGCAAAGGAUGGGAAGCCUCAGCACCACUGAUCAGCUCUGAGAACUGUGCUCAGUGAACCAGGCACUUCUGGUGGUGAGGGGUGAGGGAGCUGUGUCCCCCCCAGGGUGUCCCCCACCAUUUCCAGCUCAGCGUGAGUACAGGUGUUUGCAGGAGCUGUGCUUGCUGGGGAGAAAACAGCCCUUCUGCCUUGGGUUUGGGGCACAUUGCUCUGCAGCCAAAAUUAUGAAGAUGCAUCCAGAGCUGCCCAGAUGUCUGCCCUGAGUUAGUGUGAUCCUUGUUUUUCAGUGGAAACAUGAUGUGUGUUGAAAGUUUAUGACUGCCUGCCAGUACUGGUGUUUUAAACUAAAAGAAACCUUGGUCAAUUAACAAGGGGCUCAGGAGCUGUGCAGUGUUUCUAACUGGAGCAGGAAAGGUGCUACCUGUCUAUUCUCAGUAGUGGUGCAAGGUCAUCUUAAAAUGAGAAAAGAAUUCAGUUCAUCUUUAAAUGAUAAAAAAAUCAUCCUUUCUUAGCUGUGAACAAAUCUCUGCAUGGAUCCUCACCCUGUGGUAGAACUGAUUCAAUUGUUUGUUCCUAUGCAUAUUUGGUACACAAAACAAACCCUCCUGUGCCUUUUUAUGGAGACCAUGUUAAUGUCUGGCCACACAAUGUACUAUUUUUAUUAUUGUAGUGUAGAGUGUAGUACCUGGUCUUCUUUGUAGUCAGUAUUUUUAAACAAGGUUUUUUAUCUGCUGCCAGCUUUCCAAGAUCCUUGCUGAUCCUUUGAGCUUAGUACCUUUCUAAGCUGACCUUUCAAAGAAUAAGCUUUUAUGGACAUCAUUUACUGAUCGUGAGCAUGCAGCAAGCCACAAAGACAGCCUGUAACACAGGAAUUUUUGACAGAAGGAGGAUUAGAAAUGAGAAAGUAGAGGAAAAAAAUAAGGAAUUUUUCUCUCUUGUUUUAUGAUCUUGGUUAAAUUGAAGGAAGAGAGUAACUCUUUGUUCUAAGCUGGAAUUGAUGUCCUUUCCUCACAUCCAUCCAUUGCAGGUGAGGUGUGUUGCAUUACUGAAAUGAGGCCUCUAGUGAUUACUUCACAUCACAUUGCUGAGUGAUUAUAGUGAAUGUUCUCUUGGAUGUUAAUAUUACAUGACCCUUAGAUGUUUUGUCUGUACUGGCAAGACAUGGGGAGAUGAGCAAUACAUAUCAUGGCAGUUAACUUGGUAAUUUUGUGAAGCUGGUGACAAAAAGUAAAUUGGGAUGUGACUUGUGUCCUGCCCAGGGAAGCUGUUCCACAGUACCUGUCCUGUACAAGCUUCUAUAGAUGUGCUUAAUGGCAGUGUCCCUUUGUGUGGCUUAAUUCAAGAUGCUUUUCUGCUUUCUUUUGGAUCAUGUUGUUUGAAUUAGAUGCUGCCAUUAGGUCUUAAAAAUCAGAUUUUCUCUUUUCUAAAAAUUUGAAACAAACUGAAAAUGUUAGCCUUCCCAGUCUUCGAUAAAAAGGAGAAUCAUUCUGUUGUGGCAUCAUAAAAUACAGCAGCCAUUGUUUAUAUGCUUAUAAUCUAUGGUGAAAUUGCCAGGUCAAUUUCAGUAUUCAAGAUUAAGUAGAAAAGCAAAAAACCCAAAACUCUCCUGAGUGUCUUACUCUGGGUAAGAAAAUAUAUGUUUUUAUGAAGCAUAUCAAAAGACUCCAAGACAAAGGGACAACACUUGAGAACAGUUUUCUUUCAUGCCUAGAAUGGCAAAGAGAAACUUUUUUUUUAAUGUUGCAGGAUUUUCAGCCUUAAAGCCAGUAAUAUCUAAGUCAUUUUUAAAAAAUAGUUGUUUUCAAGGUAGAGUAGAAGGUAAGAAAGUAGAUACUUUCAAGGUAGAACUGCAACAUGUGAUUGAUGUGGCAACUGAGCACAUAACAUACUGAACCAGAUAUGCUGAAGCAGGUGUUCAAAAAGGAUUGUGUGGAUAUGUACCAAAAAUACUGCAUCAUGCAACAGCUAUCUGCUUUUUUUUUGAAGGAUGAACAUUCCUGAAUGCCUCUUACCUUAAUCUGAAGACGAAGAUCUCGUGUUGGGUCUUUGCUACUAUAAAGAGCUGCCGAGCUCCUGACAUUCAGUUAGUCUACCAGCCUUUUAAUUUUGCCAUAUUCACAUACUCCUCAAGCAAAAAGAUUGCACCCUAAAGUCUUGACGCAUCUUCUCUAGAUACCCAGGGUGUGGGCUCUGCUGUAGAUCCCCACUGGAGGGUGCUGGGGGGAUGGUUUGUCCUGGUCUCUUCAUUGUGUGGAAGCUCAAUUUCACAUGUGCACUUAACUUGGAGCCUGUUUCCCAUGGGCUGACAGAUCCACCCUGUGUUCUCUUUCUAGGUGGUAGAAGAGUACAAUGGAUACAGGACUCUAGGAUGGUAAAGGAGGCCAAGACAGGCACUUGUUAGGACCAGUUGUUCUGGAUAUCAUCAGUUCUUUUAAUGUUCUCUCAUCAAAACUGGAGGUAGAAUUGUAGAGAACUUUUAACUACUGAAGGAUUUAGAUGUGCCAUUGGUGAAUUUUUUUUUUUUUUUUUUAAAAAAAGCAACAUUUUAAAGGAGGUUUGUGUAAAUGUUUACAUACUGCCUUGUCUUUUGAGUUACCAUAGAUGACCGUGAAAAAAGUACAAGAGUCUUUGCUUCUCCCUGAAAUAUGAUGCUGACAUCUCCACAGAUCCCUCUUGACUACAAUACUACUACAGGUGCAUAGAACCAUGAAAAGAUUACUUCAUACACUGAAAAUAUUAGUAAACUUUUAGUAAUCUUGCUGCUUUGAACUUCAGUAAUAAAGCAAUGGAUGACUUUGAAAUGCAAAACUUAGCAAAAAAAAAAAGUAAUCUGUCUUUUUAAACCUCUUGGGUUUGAUGUAGACAGACUUGGUCAAAGUGUAGAACAUAUUAAAAAUCAUUAAUGGUGGUGCUAUAAAUUUAAGGUUCCAGGGUUUGUUGGCUUUCCAUGAGAUUAUUUGAAAACCAGUUAGCUAAGAAGCUUUUAGUUUUGAUGGUAACUCUUGUGUGUUUCAAGACCAAAUAUGAAAAGCUGUUCCAAGCACUUCAGUGUGUCCUCACGUCUCUGGCUUCAAGAAAAGUCUUGCAGAAAGCCUCUCUCACUCCUCAGGGUGCCCUCCUGGCUGGGGUGAGUGGCUGGAUUAUACAUUCCCUGAAAUGCUAAAGGAAAUGUAAAAGCUGUUACAGAGGAGUCUUCUUCUGUAAGCACUUUGUAGGUGAAAAGUUACUGUGACUUAUGUAUUCCUAGUGGAGCAUCCCUGCUUUGUGAAGUCACAUACUGUGUUUUAUUUGGAGCUGUUAAGUGAACAAUGCAAUUUGCUGCUUUCCAUUUGGAUUCCUUGCUGGGAGGUGGGAGGGAUCCUAUUUGCUGUGGGUGGGCUCAGUGUAAAACUGCCUUUUCUGGAGCCCCUCUUGCUUUACUGAGAUACUUCCCAGGAUCCUGGUUUCAGGGCUGUCCAUAGUGUCUCUCUUGCUGCAGAGCAUUGCAGUGGGCAAGUGCCUGAGAUACUUUGUGUUAGAGUUACUGCUUGGAAGUAGAAGAGGAACUCGUAGUUUUAUUUCUUGAUUGAAAUGUCUUGAUGUGAAGUUCAGGCUGCUGGAUUCUUCAGUUGUACUUUGGCAAUUGUCACCUGUGGUAAGGAAAAUCCAAGCAGUGCUGUUGCUUUACAGGAAAAAAGGGAAUCAUUGCUUUGCCCAUAGAUGCUGUAGUUCUCAGUUGGCCCUUGUUUGUGGGAGAGAAAAAACAGCUUGUUAAAGCCUAUAGGUAUGAUAUACUUUCAGCUGCAUGUUCUGUCCCUGCCCUUAAGAAUGCCUUUUGUUUCAGUGCUUAAAGAAAAACCCACCUGCUCUCUGACACAUGAAGCUGCCCUGACCAGGAUGGAGAGGAGCACUUGCUUGUAGGUAGCUGGUGAGCUUCAGUUUGCUGCAGCAAAGCCUCUCAAUCCUGGUGAGAGAUUUGCUGGCACUAUGUAGUGACUGAGAUUCAUGAGUGACCAGGAGAAUCCAAAAUGGAUCUGCUGUUGGGCUCCUCUCCCCUUCCUCACUGCUCUGCUUCCAGUGCUGGGCUCAUGUUUUGUACCAAUGCAGCUGCUCCCUGGUUACCUGCUGUCCUCUUGCACAUACAGGCACUUCUGUGAAGAAUCUCUUGAGAAUGUAGUCAUUUUGUUUUAAUGAAUGCACAGCAUUUGGCUAAUUAGAGGAGGGAGGAAUGUCUGGAACCCAGUAAGGGUAAAGUCCAUGUUUUGCUAAGCAUCCUUAGCACUGAGAGCAGCCUGGUUGGUGCCAGUUGCAGUUGGUGUAAUUAAUUAGGACAGGUAGUGUGAUGGACAGCACUGUGUCCUUUGGCAUCUCUGAACCCCAGCAGCAGUGCAGGAAGAGGGUAGGUUGGAAUGGCUGACCUCUUUUCUCCUAUCACUUACUUAUGUAUAUGCAUCUGUAUUUAAUGUAGCAUUUACUACUGGGAUCUCUUGUAGCACUGGAUCUAGUCAAUAUGUAACUGAACCCAUGUACUCUUCCAGUCAUCCACUAAUGAUCCGUGUAGGGAUGUACCCAAAAUUGUGUGUAAUACUCAGCUGGAAAUUGUCAAUGUUUUUGCUGUUCUGUCAGUCGGUUGCUGUUGGCAUCAAUGUAACUGUUGAGGGACAGUUGUGUGCAGUUGUGGAUGAUCAAGUCCAUAUUUCUGAACGUGCUGUGGUGGCUGUGUACAUGUAGGUCAUUUUAGUUAAUGCACUGCUUAAAAUAAUUGUACCAUGUUUAGAGGAGCACUGUGUCUUUACUCUGUAAAUCUGUUUGUUCCAUGAAGUUUCAGUCAUAUGACUUUAUUUUUAUUCCCUACAAAAAUAAAUACCUUGUCUUUUUAAAGUAAACAA